AUGGAACGGAUGAAUUUUAUGUUAAGCUUAACUCAGGAAAGUGCAUCUGUCUGCAUUAGUGAGCUCCGUAUGGAUAGAGCAACUUUUAGGGUGUUAUGCGAUAUGGUAAGGGACAUCGGUGGUUUAAAACCUACUAGAAACACAUCCAUAGAAGAGGUAGUAGCAAUGUUCUUGUAUACUUUGGCUCACCACAAAAGAGUAGGACAAUUGGAUAUUUUUUUACGCAAUAGAGAGACAGUGAGUCGGCAAUUUCAUCAAGUUCUUUUAUCAAUAUUGAGAUUACAUCAUAUAUUGCUAAAGAAACUCGCCCCUAUUACCCAAGAUUGUCAAGAUGCAAAAUGGAAAUGUUGUUUAGGAGCUUUGGAUGGAACUUUAAUUAAAGUGACACCUCCUAGUGACGAGAAGCCUCGAUACCGCACAAGAAAGGGUUGCAUCUCAACUAAUGUUUUAGGUGUUUGUUGUCCGAACAUGCAUUUUAUAUAUGUUUUGCCUGGUUGGGAAGGUUCAGCUAAUGAUGGUCGUGUGCUUCGAGAUGCAAUCUCAAGGAACCAAGGUCUACGAGUCCCUCGCGAUUGUUAUUAUUUAGUUGAUUCUGGUUAUUGCAAUGCAAAUGGUUUUCUUGCUCCAUAUCGAGGGCAACGAUAUCAUUUAAAGGAGUUUGAUGGUCAUCGACGUGAGACUCCUCAGGAAUAUUUCAACAUGAAACUGCUAAAGCAAGGAAUGUGA